AUGAGGCCAACAGGAAAGAACUUUUGUCGGCAAGAGAUGAACUCAAAACACUACGAAAAAAAGUGCGAUUCUCUGGAACCGUCGUCUAAGCAUCUUGAACACGAAAAAGAAAAACUAGAAUCAAAACUUGACGACAUGGAAUCUAGGUCAAUGAAGGUUAACCUAUUGUUUUACGGCAUUCCAGAACAGGAAUUCGAGGAAUGUACGGCCAGAGUGAAAUCAGUUUGUAAAGAUACAUUACAGAUGCCGGAAGCAGAAACAUAUCUUAUUGAACACUCUCAAAGGGUUGGCAGGAAAGGAGCUAAACCCCGACCCAUACUGGUGACUUAUCAUUAUUUCUCUGAACGCGAAAAAGUUCGACUUAAAUCAUAUGAAAAAAGUGAUGAACUGAAAACCGCUGUGUAUGGCACUGGGAUUCAACUACCCAAAGCUAUUAGGGAGGCUCGUAAAUCGUUGUAUGUUACCAUGGAUACAGCCAGAAAGGCGGGAAAGAAUGUUAGAUUGGCCGGAAAGAAUUUAUACAUUGACGGCAAGCUGCAUAAACCCGAGGGCACUGAAAAUUAG